AUGGACAUGAGCAUGAUGGAACCCUUGCCGGAGCUUGACGGUUUUGAGCCUCAAACUCGCGCGCGUUCAAACACGUGGCCCUUGCCCCGGCCCGAUAACUAUGUGGAUCCCGCCGAUGAGGCGACAGGCAACAAGUGUGUGGUAGCAGGACAGCAAGGACAAGGGCCCGUUCCGUCUUCGGUGACGUCUGCGGUGCCUACGAAAAAGAAUUCCAGCAGGAGAAACGCUUGGGGAAAUCUUAGUUAUGCUGAUUUAAUUACGCAAGCCAUCAAGACCUCUCCAGAUCAACGACUAACUCUCAGUCAAAUCUACGAGUGGAUGGUGCAGAACGUGCCCUAUUUCAAAGACAAGGGGGAUAGUAACAGCUCUGCAGGAUGGAAGGUGAUUCUUUCGUUAUUGUCUUAA